AUGGGGGAGCCUUUUAUUUAUUAUGAAGCCGACUCCGAGCAUCUCCCCGAGCCCCCCCACCCCCCGCGGCUUUUCCUGGAUGACACCAAAGUGAAGAACUUCAUCACUUGCUUCAAAGACGUGACCUUCCUCACGUUCUUCUUCACGCGGCUGGAGCGGAACCGCAGCGGCCGCUACGAGCGCGAAUUCCCGUUCGUGUCCCGCUGCGGCGCGGAGCGCAACUUCCUGCGCUGCGAGCACAGACCCAUCGUCUUCACCCGCCUCCUGCCCCCGGACGCCUCCUCCUCAGCCUCCUCCUGCUCCCGCCGCGCCGUGCUGUCGUUCUGCGGCGGCGGGGAGCGGCUGGCCGUGCCGUUCCGGCCCGAGGCGCUGGUGAUGCUGCCGGAGAACGGGCGCUUGUACCACCCGGCGCCGGGCCGGGCGGGGGGCGCGGGGCCGGUGCGCUCGGCGCUGGCUCUGGAGUGGGGGUCCCGCUUGGAGUACGAGCAGGGGCCGGAGCAGCCCCCGACUCACUUUUGGUGGGAGGGGAAGAGGUAUCGGCUCACGGGGGAGCUGGUGCAGCUGCUGCGGGGAGGGGAAGGGGCGGGGGAGGCGGAGAGCGGCGGAGCCGCGGGGCGGGGGUGA